GUGGAUUUCCUGCGUCGCCAAUGGACCUGGGCGACAUCUACUCGUGGUUUCUCUGAGGAGACACCAUGGCAGCCGGCUGAAUCUCGAUCUGUCAGCCGUUGGCCUGCCGUAUAUAGCUAUUGCGGCGAGUCCACUGCCCUUGUUGUACAAUACAAGUACCACCCUCCCUCCAUGGGCUACACAAACCACACCAACAAUACAACUGACUUUAAAUCAUUGGAACCGUAACUAUUCGCACACAGAUCUGUUUGUGCCUCGUUGCACGUGUCCUACGACCGCGCAGUACGAAGGGUCGCGAAGGACCGAAUCGUCCGGCCCGCCCACGCGCCGUCCCUCCCGCUCCGCGUCUCACCAGGAGAGCCUUCACGAUCGUGAGACCUUCCGAACCAGGCAGCCCAGGCCGAACCGCAACCCCGUACCGCAAUCCAAGACACAGACGUAGCGACCAACAUGCCUCUCCCUGCCGGCGUCUACCGCGCCGACCACGUCGGCUCCUUCCUCCGCCCCGCCGAGAUUCUCCGGGCGCGCGAGACCCUCGACACUCCGACGCCGAUCGCCGCCGCCGACCUCCGCAAGCUUGAAGACGAGCACAUUUCCUCGGUUGUGCAGAAGCAGAUCGCCAACGGCCUGCAGUCGGUCACGGACGGCGAGUUCCGCCGCGCCUGGUUCCACAUCGAUUUCCUGCAGCACCUGGCCGGCGUUGAGCGCCACGGCAGCCUGUCGUCGACCAAUGUCACGUCGCACGGCGUGACCCCGCCCAAGCUUGUCGUCGUCGGCAAGCUGGGACAUCCCCAGGCGAUCCAAGUCGAGGAUUACAAGUUUGUGGAGGGUGUGCGGGCGCAGCUCAAGGCCGGCAAGGAAACGACCACCAAGGUGUGCAUCCCGAGCCCGACCAUGGUGCACUUUCGAGCAGGCAGGGAACAUAUCUCGACCGAGGCGUACCCCACGCUCGACGGCUUCUUUGACGAUCUAGUGAAGGCUUACCAGGCCGAGAUCGCCGAUCUGUACGCCUCCGGCUGCCGGUUUGUCCAGCUGGAUGAUACCAACCUUGCCUAUCUCUGCGAUGAGGGCAUGAGAGCCGAGGCGGCGAAGAGGCAUGGCGAGGACCCGCAGGCGUUGACCAAGCGAUAUGCGGCGCUGAUCAACGCCGCCAUCAGCCAGCGGCCCAAGGACAUGGUGACUGGCAUCCACCUCUGCCGCGGGAACUACCGUUCACAGUUCUUCGCUGCGGGUGGCUAUGAGCCAGUGGCCGAGGUGCUGUUCAAGGAGUUGGACGUGGACGUCUACUUCCUCGAGUACGAUGACGAACGGUCCGGUGACUUCUCGCCUCUGCGGUUUUUGCCCGAGAACAAGAUUGUGGUGUUGGGCGUAAUGUCCAGCAAGAAGGCCGAGCUGGACGACAAGGAGAACAUCAUCAGGCGGUUGAACGAGGCCGCCAAGUUCUGCCCCCGCGGCCUGGACCAGCUGUGCCUGUCUCACCAGUGUGGUUUCAGCUCGACGAUGGAAGGGAAUCAACUCACCGAGGAGGAGCAAUGGAGUAAGGUUCGGCUAGAGGUCGAGAUUGCCAAGCAGGUUUGGGGUGAGGAUCUGUCGGCUUAGGUGUGGCUCGUCAAGCACUGGAGAGUCGGCGGCGUUCAACAUGGAUACCCGUUGCUUUUCAACAGCAAGCAACAUUGAAACCUUUUGCAUAUGGCGGUCGAGGCAGCAUGUUGUGGGUAGCAGGUGCAUGGCUCGGCGGGGUUUGGAAAAUGCGGG